CGGACGAACAGCGCGGGUUCCACAGGGGCGGAGCCUGGGGCUCAGAGGCGGUACCCGCAGAGCAGCACCUGGGAGAAGAGCGGUCACAGCCCUUGGACCACUUCCGGCUGCUAGCCUGCACCUUCUACCUUCAGUUCUAGUGACCUCGGCUCGGGAUGCCCCUUGGUUCGUCCUAGGCUCACAACGCGAACCCUGCUUGAGUGUCCCGGGGUGGGGGACCUGGAAGUUUUAGCCUAGCUGUGCUGGAGACGGAAUAAUUAGUCCAAGAAACAUUUUAUUCAUUUUUCUGGAUAUGCCACAAAAGGAUCCAUGCCAGAAACAAGCCUGUGAAAUACAAAAAUGUUUACAAGCCAACAACUAUUUGGAAUCGAAGUGUCAGGCUGUCAUCCAAGAACUUCGUAAGUGUUGUGCUCGAUAUCCCAAAGGAAGAUCUCUUGUCUGCUCAGGAUUUGAGAAAGAAGAGGAAGAGAACUUGGCAAUGAAGUCUGGAUCCAAGUAAAGUUGUACUGAGAUGUUAAAUUCUGCUUCAUGUUUCCCUCAAGCAUGUUUUAUUUACUAUCCCUCCUUCAAUCUAGAUAGCAGCAAACAGCAAAUUAAAAAGUCAAUUGUAAGAGUUAGCAAAUAUAUUAUCUAUGCAAAAUAGACCAAAAUAUCACCCUAUAUAGAGAAUAAAUAUGUUUAAUGUAAAAGGGAGCUGCUAAAAUAAACCUGUAUUACAUUAAA